AGGGGUGACUGUCCUGGAGGGGGCGACUGUCCUGGAGGGGUGACUGUCCUGGAGGGGCGACUGUCCUGGAGGGGUGACUGUCCUGGAGGGGUGACUGUCUUGGAGGGGCGACUGUUCUGGAGGGGUGACUGUCCUGGAGGGGUGACUGUCUAUUCCACAUCAAGUAACACGUGCUAGCAGUCAAAUUAGAUUUUUUUUUUUAAAGAUAAAAAUACACCUUAUGUAACAGAGGGGACUGUGAAGCAACACAAACAUAGGCACAGACACAUGCAUACACACACAUGAUAAUAUACGCUUUAUAGAUUCUGUUUCCCCUCCCUAGAUUCUGUAUUUCCCCGCUCUAAAUUCAGUUUUUCCCUCUCUAGAUUGUUUUUCCCUCUCUAGAUUGUGUAUUUCCCUCUCUAGAUUCUGUAUUUCCCUCUCUAGAUUCUGUCUCGCUGUGACCUGUGUGUGAUUCAGGAGGUUUGAGACUCUGAAGGGGAAGCCAUCAAAUCAAAUGAUGUUGGUCACAUACAUAUAUUUAGCAGAUGUUAUUGCGGGUGUAGUGAAAUGCUUGUGUUCCUCGCUCCAACAGUGCAGUAGUAUCUAACAAUACGCAACAAUACACACAAAACUAAAACCAAACGAAUGGAAUUAAGAAAGACACACUGUGCUUAUCUCUUCCUCAUCAAUAUGUUGAGUCUUCUCUUCUCCUGAACCCAUCUCUUCCUCAUCAAUAUGUUGUCUUCUCUUCUCCUGAACCCAUCUCUUUCUCAUCGAUAUAUUUUCUCCUCUUCUCCUGAACCCAUCUCUUCCUCAUCAAUAUGUUGAGUCUCCUCUUCAUUCACUCUCACAUCCUAUUUCUCCACUGAGAUAUGGUCAGAUAUAGUUUCAGAUUCUCCACCAGGCUCUCCCUCUACCUCUUCCUGUCCUACAUCUUCCUCUUCCUCUCUCAGCACCGGUAAUGUUCCAGGAGACAUGUCUGGAUUGGCUUCGUCAAAAUAGACGACUCAAAGUCUAACUCUCCUUCAGGGAUAGAUGGGAGGGAUGAGUCUGCAAAAACAACAUCACAGACAGAAAAAUAUCAUAUGAGAUAGCGUAUGAGAAAAUAUAUUAUUUCAGUCAGCACAAAGACUAAUACAUUGUAUUUAUUGGAUAUCUGCAGACUGAAGUCUAUUUUGGAUUGAUUCCUUAUAACAUAUUAUGCAAGAAUGGAGAUAAGAACAUUGUUUAUAUAUUCACCAGGAAGUUAUAUGCGGUAGGGCCUAGACAGUUGAUGCACCCUAAUUUGCCAGAGACAGACAGAGACAGAUAGACAGGGUGGAAGUGGUAGCCUACAUCUCUGAGGGAUAGAGGUAGGGCUGGGGCUUGUGUUCUACAUCUGAAAGUAAAACCACAGCAAGGCUGACAUGUUGAAUCUACGAAGAUGGAACAGAACUUUGCUGAUUCGUUAACGGAUGCAUUUUCAGACUCAACCCUCCCAUCUUUCCCUGAAGGAGAGUUAGACUUUGAAUCUGUCCAUUUUGACGAAGAAUCUGAAACUGUAUCUGACCAUAUCUCAGUGGAGACAUAUGAUGACGAAGAGGAGACUCAACAUAUUGAUGAGGAAGAGAUGGGUUCAGGAGAAGAGGAGGACACAGGAAUAAAGAACCUUGGCUCGCCAGGGGGUUGGUCUGUGGUUGUUCACUACGAUGAAGAAAGCUGGGAUGGUGCUCUACUGGACAUAGAGAAGAUUGUAACCACAGGACAACCUUUUGCUGAACAAGAGAGUGAAAACCGUGAAGUCAGAAACGUAGAGCAAGGUGCUUACGAGAACAGUGAUGUGAGGUGUUUUGUGGGUUUCACUGAAGAUGUCACCAUGGAGAUCACAGCAGAUAUAUGUGAAGAAGAGGAAAGACAGACGGCUGAAGAAAACCAAGAGGAAUCAUCUGAUUCAGACCUGGAGGUCCUGACUAGCUCUAUCACCAAAAAACAGAGAAAAGAGGGAAAUAAAGUAGCGAACUUACUCUCCCAGCAGACAUUUCCUCAGGAGAUGGAAGAGGAAGAAGAGCAAGAUGAAGAUGGAGCUCCAGAGGUUGUUUAUGAUUGUCCAGAUCCUGCAGCAACGCAGAAUGUGCAAGCUCUUAUGGUCAACGCCUUGGUGGAACACCCGCUUCAGAAGAAAAUGAAGGAGUUCCUAUGGGACGACCACCAAGAGGCGGAUGAAAGAUUUGCAGAUUACCCCUCUGUCUGCUCUCCAUGUAAAUACAAAAAGGAUGGAGGAAAACUGUCUAGUCCCUUGGAGGGUAUCUGGAAUACAGAGGAGAACGUUGACGUCAUGGAAGAGGUAACAGCCGCUAUCUUUCCACGCGUAGAAGUUGAGCAAGAUUUAGCAGAUUGUGCGAUGUUCAAUACCAAUAUUGACACUAGCAUGAGGAAGAGUAUUGGAUACCAUCUUGAACCUCAGAGUGACAGCAAUGGUUCCAGUGGCGGUUCUAGUGAGGAUGAGGAGGAACAACAGAAGUAUAAUGAAGAACACCCAGCGCUGCCAAGAUACCAGGGUCUUCCUCAGAGAGACCGGGGAUCAGAGGAUCCUCCUCUGAAAGUUCAGCGGGGAGGUGGAGAGGAGGACGGCUCCAAGCAGAGUGUUGCUGCCGACCUGCAUCUUUCAGAAACCAUCUCUGACGUCCCCACUUUUACCCUUCACAGUGAGGCCAGACGCGGUAGAGCAGCUAUAACUAUCUCCAGAGGUACCGGCAACGUGUCAUCAUCUGACUUUGAGGAAAGUUUUCCCGGAGCGUUGUGGACAUCGGAGGCUGAACAAAGAGAGGGUAAACGGGAGACUUGGCUUUGGGGUGAGGCUGGGCCAGGGGCUUUAGAAGAGGAACAUCUUUGCAAAGUUCAACUGGAACUAGCAGGAAGGCUGAAGAGCCACAUUCACACUGAUAUAAGCUGGGACACAGGGGAAAAUAAUGUGGAACGUGGUGGUUUAAUUCAAGAUUACCAAUAUGACGCGUCUGGAAUCACAGAGAGUGAAGAACUUGCAGAUGAAGAGGAUGAUGAAGAGGAUAAUAGGAGUUGGGAACAAGAGAAAGAGAGAAUCAAGGCAUUCUACAAGUUUUAUAAUGAUGAUGAAGAGGAGGAGGGGGAGAAUGCUACGGGAACAGAAUGGGAUUUUUCAGUGAGGAAGCAUAGAGUUCAGUUCUGCAUGGAUCCCCUGCCUCAAGUCAUUGAAUACACAGACAGCAGCAGCGAUGUAGAUUUGGUCGACAACUUAUCUGAUGGAGACGAGGACCUGGAUUCUACAGAAAGGCUUGAAGAGGAGAGUGAGCCUGAGAGACAGAGAAUGAGUUUACCCGAGACACAAGAGCCACAAGGAGAACUACAAGAUCUCAACAAAAUGCCUCAGACCCACACCAAGAGAGACCAGUGUCUGAGGGUGCUAAAGUUACUGGUGAAGAUAACCCUGUUGACAGUGAUUGGACUUCUGACAUUUUGGUGGACAAGAUACCAACUGGACUUGGACUGGUGAUGUGGCUAAAAUUGUCUUGCCUAACUACUGUACUGUAUUGUCAAUGUGUCUGAAUAUAAUUAGAAUGUAAAGUAGCAGUAGUUAAGUUAAAAAUGCUUAAUAGUAAGGCAAAUGCUAUCUCCUUAUAUACUGUAGUUGCUGUCACUUAUUUUCAUCAUGGCACCAUCGGUAUCAUGACUUUAUCUGUUUUGUGGAUAAUAAAGGGGUAUAUUUAUAAUCCCAUUCAACUUUAA